UUAAUUUUUUUAAAAUCAGGGUCUCAUGUAGCCCAAGGCUGGCCUUGAACUCGUAUAGUAGAGGCCGACCUCCAGUUCCUGAUCCUCCUGCUCUAGACUAUCGUGUGCCCCCAGGAGCUUUUAAAAGAGUUUAAAUGGUAGCUAUUAAAAAGAGCAUUUGCCAGGAUUAGCCUGGACAGAGGCCCCUGGGAUGGCUGUGAGUAUAAGAACUGUGUGGUUUCACCUCCCUAGACAGCCUCCCUGGCCUCCCUGACUCUGUGCCCCUCCCCAUAGCACACUCUGCUGUCUCACCCAGGACCUCAAGCUCAAGAAACCAUGUCUUUCUUCCCUUACGGACCUGGAGCUCCUGCCUCUCUCUUAUACCUUGGCACCCGUGUAUCUGGUCAAACACACAGCUCUCCCUCUUUCUCUGAAGUAAAGAAGACUCUAGAACUCAGCCAGGUGUGGGGAAUCCUCAAGCAGAGCUUCCCACCGACUGUCCUACAUCUCCUGACCUCAGCCAGAUAGCAGACCUUGGGUGUCAUGGCAACCUAAUCUUGUCUCACCGAGUUGAGUCUGUGGGCUCAAUGUGGGCGCAUCUUGGAUCUGUCUCUGCCAUUGCUGCUGAUACUAAAAGCACAGUUUGGGAACCUGGCCCACUUCACUGCAAAGGCUGGCAGACCCUCACUAGAAAAGCUAGCCUGGGUGGGCAGACCCCAUCCAGUACUGAGAGCUGGACUGUGAGAGAGUUGGUGAGGCUUGUACUAUGACAGGUCCCCCCAUGUCUCCGCUCUGAGUUACCCUAGGAAAAAGCAUGAGGAGGGAUGGUCCUUGUGAGGCCAUUGAGGUCCCCAUGCACGAUGAGAGUAAGGCAAGCACAUGACCUCAUCUGUAGCAUGAGCGUCCUUACCGUGUGUCUCUGGGCCAAGUGAUGUGAAACACUGUUGGUGCACUCUAUCCAGACCGUGCAAAGGGGCUGUUCUAGCUGCCAGGACCUGGACAGUCCUGGUUUUCCUCUACAUUCUUCAGUGGAGGAGGAAGGACUUCCCCUAGGGUUGCACGCUUUUGGUUUUGCCUUCUCUGGGGGCGAGUCGCUGCAGUGGUGGUUAGUGGAGGUGGUGCGACUGAGUCGUUGUUCUGCGGGUUCUGCACAGCUCUGAGCAGUCUCCUGGCGGGUGUGAGGUGGGAGCUGCUGCGGGUGGAGACAGCCAGCUCUGCAGAAGGGAGCUCCGCUGCAGUGGCACUGCCUGACGCUGGGCCAGGCAGGCUGACGCCCGCCUGGCUGGUAAUGCUGCACUCUCGGGGAGCUGCAGGAACGAGUGACUUGUUGGAGGAAAGAAACAAGGACAAGGGUACGGAGGCUGGCUGAGGGCAAGGGUCACACAGGCAGGCCGUCCAGUCUCCUGCGCUGAGAAGGGCUGGGAACAGACUUCGUGCAGGCUGGAGAGAAGCACUACCACCCUUCAUGUGCGCUAUGCGUCAGGUGCGGCCAGAUGUUCUCAGAGGGCGAGGAGAUGUACCUGCAAGGUUCCUCCAUCUGGCAUCCGGCAUGUCGGCAAGCAGCCAGGACUGAAGACAAGAGCAAGAUGCACAGCUCUGUUUGCAGUCAGCCCUGCCCGGGCACCCUGCCCUGUGCCUUACAGGAAACCAGGACUUCCUCAGAGAGCAUUGUCUCUGUGCCUGCCUCCAGCACAUCGGGGUCCCCAAGCCGUGUGAUCUAUGCAAAGCUUGGUGAUGAGAUCCUGGACUACAGGGAUUUGGCUGCUCUUCCCAAAAACAAAGCGAUCUACAACAUCGACCGCCCCGACAUGAUCUCCUAUUCGCCCUACAUUAGCCACUCGGCUGUGGGGGACAGGCAGAGCUAUGGUGAGUCACCUCAGUUGCUCUCACCAACGCCGACUGAGGGGGAUCAGGAUGAUCGGUCCUACAAGCAGUGCAGGACCUCCAGCCCCAGCUCUGCUGGCUCAGUCAGCCUUGGGCACUACACUCCAACGUCACGAUCACCCCAGCACUACAGUCGUCCAGCUGGUACUGUGAGUGUUGGUACCAGUAGCUGUCUGUCCCUGUCCCAACACCCAAGCCCUACAUCCGUGUUCAGACAUCAUUACAUCCCCUACUUCCGAGGCAGCGAAAGUGGCCGUAGCACUCCAAGUCUCUCAGUGCACUCCGACAGCAGGCCUCCUUCCUCUACCUAUCAGCAGGCUCCGAGACACUUCCACGUCCCAGACACUGGCGUAAAAGAUAACAUCUAUAGGAAACCCCCUAUCUACAAACAGCACGGUCCUGUAGCCCAGUCCCCAAUGUCCAAGCUCUCUGGCCUGGUGUCAGUUUUGUCCUUGGUGGUGCAGGAGGCAGGGCGCUCCAAGAGAUGGGCAGGGCUGAGCCCACCGCAGGCUGCAGCCGCCAGGCGACUGGACGUGGAGGACAGCAGUUUCGACCAGGAUAGCAGGAAGAAGACAACGUGGCUGCUCCUCAAGGGAGAUGCAGACACCAGAACUAACUCUCCGGACUUGGACAGUCAGUCUCUGUCCCUCAGCAGUGGGGCUGAUCAAGAACCUCUCCAAAGGAUGCCAGGGGACAGCCUCUACUCACGCUUCCCUUAUUCCAAACCCGACACUCUCCCAGGACCCAGGAAGGAUGGCCUGGACCUCCGGAUUUAUCCCUAUGAUUCCCUCAUCGUAACAAACCGAAUUCGUGUGAAACUGCCCAAAGAUGUAGACCGGACACGGCUGGAGAGACACCUAUCACCUGAAGAGUUCCAAGAAGUGUUUGGGAUGAGCAUCGAGGAGUUUGACCGCCUGGCCCUGUGGAAGAGGAAUGACCUCAAGAAGAAAGCCUUGCUGUUCUGACAGCUGCCAACGUCUUACCAGGAGCCUGCUGGGGGCGUAGGGCUGAAGGACCCCACUGGCCCCUCCAAAAUCCCCUCCUGCACCUUGCUCUGCUUCUCCGUGUCAGUGGGGCAGGCAGGGUGCCUGCAGGAGGCAGGGUGGGGCCAGGUCCUGAGGAGCAUCCAGCAGGCAUGGUCCCUUGUGUAGCAAGGAUGCUCCUGCCUGUAGUUUAGGGCCACGUGCCAGCUUGACCCACUCCUUCCCGCCACAGCUGGGCAUCGGGGCAGUGUUGCAGCUAUCCUAGGAGACGGGGCAGAGCAUUCAGCCAGCCCAGCACCUUCCCAGGGCACCUGGUGUGCUCACACCUGUGCUAGGCACUGGGGCACAGAGUGUCUGGGAUGUGAGUGAAAGGCUUGUCAGUGGCAGACCCUGACACAGUAGUAAUGGUAAGUGCAAGACUCCUCAGUGCACGAGGAGGCAUCGGGCAGACUGGCAGGCUGAGGCAGGGGAGCCAGGCCAGUGUCUGAGAGGCAGUGGGGCUGUGUUUUUCGCAGUUAUUGUGAUGGAUCUUUUCUGGGGAAUGAAUGUCGACCUGACAGGGUGCCCCCCACUAGUGCUGUGCAUUUGUAUUGUGCCCUUCUUCCGGAUCACCCCCUUAGUUGCCUAAAUGAUAUCUUUCAAGUUACACAGAAGUUUUUAUUUUAUUAAAAAGUAUCGCUUCCUUACACAUAAGAAGACAUAUAUGCAGAGUUUAGUUUUACGGUCCCCGAGAAGGGGAGCGCCUCCGCCUUACACCCCCACCAACCCCCGCCCGCCCAUCAUGCAGGCCUCUGUGCUUCCAGUCCUCGGCGUUCCUCACAGACAAGAGCCAGUCUGUUUCCCUCCGCCCCUGCUCCUUUGUAUGUGUCACACAGACAGCCUCAAAGACACUGGCUCAGCAGUGCAGUUUGUAAAUACAUGUGAAAUGUAUCCAUCUUUUCCCCUCUCUGUCAUUUUCCCAAGUCCCAAAGAGAAGAGCGCCCCCUGAUGGCCAAAGCCCUAGAAUAAAGGUUUCCCCACUGUGGCCUAGUCUCACAUAAACCUAACCAGUCUUCCCUGGUAAAGACACUCACUGUAGCCCCCACCACACAAAACAUGCAUGCCCAGGAAGCAUGCUGUCACAGGACAUGGGCUCUGAAUGCAGCGGCAGAGAUCAACAACUAGAGGUGGUGCCUCCUCCAACCUGGGUGUCCAGAAGUGGGGACUAGCUGGGGCCCUGGUAACAGGUACGGAAGAGCACCCCUCCUGCAGGAUGCAUGGACACUGUGGUCCUGGGUGACUCUAACUGUCCCCUCCUCUGGGUUGUCCUCAUUCUCUCACAUCCUGGGACAUGCCGGGUGUCAUUUUGUGCUGGGGUUCUCACCAGCCUGGCUGGGCCAUGGAGGGGAACUUUUGGUACUUAGGUCUGCUUCCUGUCACUUAACAGUCUGGACCUGCGCAACUGGAAACCCCCACCUCCUCACUCACGAGGUGUCUCGUCCUAUCUGAUCCCUGGGACACCUGGGAAAAAUAAACGGUGACACACUGUAAAUUGUGAAAGGACAGAA